AUGGCCGACGACCUCCUCUUCCAACUCUUCCACUUCGCCCACUCCGCCAGCAGCUACACCUCCACCCUCACCACAAACCUCUACGACCUCCUCUCCCCCCUGCGCGAAUACGCGCACUCGCAGCCCGACCUCAUGAACAUCGCGCUGCUCCUCCUCAUCGUCUACCUCUCACUCAGCAUCCUCGGCAUGGCCUCGCGGUGGAUCUACGGCGUGCUCGUCACCACGAUCCGGCUGCUGUUCAUCAUGUUCGUCGUCGUGGCGUCCAUGUGGCUGUGGCAGCGCGGCGGCGCCGCGAAGGGCGAUCUGGAGCGCCUGGCGGAGCUAGUAGGCAAGGCGCUCGGCGCGGGCGGGAAGGAGUGGGCGGCGUCGUCGUCGUCAUCGGCCGCGGGCGGGAGGGACUGGACGGCGGGCGCGGCGGGGAGGAGGUUUAAUGAUGAGUUUUAG